UCGCCGUCAUGCUGUCUUGGCUGCACGCAGCGGAUCCGUUGACGGUGGAGGAGCUGCUGAACCUGCCAGAAGAGAAAAUCAUCAUGGAGGAGCCUACGGACGAAGACUUUUGCGCGCCAGUUGAGUCAGUGAAGGUCGCUAUUCCGCAGGCCAAACCGAAAUCAUCGGAUGAAGAGGGCGGACUCGGCGUUGAAGAGCUCAAGGAGCGUUUGAAAUGGAUUGCCAAGCUUCUGAUCUACGCCGACGAAAAGGGAAUUCCGGCGGAGUCCGUCAGCGGCAUGCGCAUGCUGCAGCGAGACUUCCGGGACCAGCUCAACAAGAAGCAGGGCGGCUCCAGCUAAGCCGAACUGUCAUUCCGGAACCGAAGAAGAACUUGCACAUUUGUAUCGGUGGCGAUGAGGAAACCACGGCCAGUAAGGCAGUGCAGUACACGUACAUUUUUCGUU